CAUUACAUUCAUGAAUUUAGGGGAUUUUGACAAAUAGAUCAAGAGUUUUUUAGACAAUGAUUAUAGUUUAAAGGAUGGUUGGAGGAGUUUGUAGGGAGAUCAGAUGUGAAAUUCGAGCUUUAAUUGUUGUCCAUAAACAAUAACCUAGCCUAACAUUUUCAAUAUUGGGAUGGAGUUUAAGGUACGGUUUAAUCAUGAUUAAAGCUCAAGUUUGCAUUAUUACCAAAAAACAAAAAGCUCAAGUUUGCACAAUUGUAUCCAAGACUAUAAGGUGUUGAGAUUGCCCCAUACAAAGGUUUAUACUUCACUAGCCAUGAAUUAGGAAUUUGGAUUGAAUUAGCGUUUAGAAGAUAAAUGGUUUAGUGACAGUUGCCCUUUGUGAUAUAUGUACAUCCAACAAUUAACAUGACAGCAUAACUUGCUUUGCCAUACAAAAUAUACUAUUACGCACAGAGACGGAGCCCGGAUUUGAAAUUAAUUUGAAAUUAAGAUGGCCAACGAAAUCCCCCCCCCCCCCCCCCGGUAGGAUACAGACGAAAAUUUUCUCCCAUGACACAAUGAAGAAACAUAAUUAAUUGAUGAAAUAAUUGACGAUUCAACUAUGAAAAAUAAUAGAUUAAUAAUUCAUGCAUUAUAUUCCAUCUUUUAUUAUAAUCAAAAUACAACUAUGGUCACAAGGACAUGCAAUGUAAUCAAAGAAUGAAAUCGAUUUAGCACGAUAUCCUGUAAGUUCAUGAAAAAAUAUAUUAAAAGAUGGUUGAGAAAACACUAAAUAGCAAUUAAUUAUUUAUUCAAACAAUAACAGUUUAACUAGAAAAAAUAAAGAUCAUAUGGAUUAGAUCAAACAUUUUCAUAACAGUGAGGGGUGUAAGGAGGAAGUGAAUAUGAUAUUAGAAAAGGAGUAAAAAUUUGACAUGUUCGAGAAUCAAACCGAGGCCAAAGGAAACUAGAGCACCAAGAGUCAACAUUCCAACCACUUCGACUACUUCAGACUAUGCAACAUACUAGCUAUCAUGAAGUAUUUCAAAGUUUUGGGGGGGGGGGGGGGGGGGGGGGGAGGGGGCAGGGCUAGUAGUUAACUUCAACAAUUUCAAUGUCAAUGGGGUGAAUUUAUCUUAUGCAACAUUUUCCCAUACGUUGGCAUGCAGGUUCUAUUAGCGAUUUACAGGCUACAGACUAUGGUGUGGGGCACACAUUUUCUCAAGUUGGAAAACACCAUCACGUCGGAUGGACUAACAAGGAGCAUUGAAGAUGAUGAUGUUGAAGCUCCAGUUGAUUAUGGAAUCAAUAAGCUAGUUGUUGGAUGUUGCCCCUGCCGCAGGAGAAGUCUCACCGAUGAACCGUGAAUAACAGGGUCAGCAUAAGAAAAGGAAACGACGACGUAGAGGGGGCAACGCACCAUUUCGUGGUAAAGGAAAGCGUUAUAGAAAUUACUGUACAAAGUUACACGUGUAAAGCUUUUAUUUGUCUAUAGUUUGCAGUAAAGAUAACGGCUAGGUAGAUCUUCUUUAUGCUUUUUCACUCUGUAAACUGUAUAUACUCUCUGCGUAAUGAAAAGCUCAGUAUGAGCAAUUUCCCCAAUUCUCCAUCUUCUGGAAAUCUUCUUAUGGUAUCAGAGCGCUGGUCAUCGCGCUAAGAUCCAUCAUCCUCUUUGCUGGACUCUUUUGUUUUUCCUUUUCUAUUUCUUACCUCAUUUUGAGCUGUUGUUGUAUCAACAAUGGCUACAUACAGUGACUCUCCUAAUCCCGAUCAGAAAUCUGAAUCCUCCGACAAGAACAAGUCCAUAAUGACCUCGUAUGAAGACCCAUACAUCAAUCCUUUCUACAUUCCACCUCAGGAUGGUGUGCUACCCACCAUCAUCUCCAUCAAGCUCAUAGAUGACAAUUAUCACACUUGGAGUGAAGUCAUGCUACUGGCUCUCGAGACUAAGAACAAGACCCCAUUCAUCGAUGGUCGUAUCCCAGUGCCUCAGGUAACCGACCCUCGUUAUCAAUCCUGGGCUCGUUGUAAUGGCAUCAUUCGCUGCUGGAUAUAUAAUUCUCUGUCAGAUGACAUAACGAACAGUGUCAUGAGACUAGGGUUAGCAAAAGAUGUUUGGGAUAACUUGAAAAAUCGAUUCAGUCAGGAAGACAACAUCAGGGUUUAUGAUCUAAAGGGUCAGCUAGCCAAAUGUGUUCAAGGUGAUAAAUCCGUCAGUCAAUACUUCACUGAUAUUACAGUGUUUUGGGAAGAAUACAUGAGAUAUAGACCUAUACCUGUUUGUCCUUGUAAUCCUAGACCAUAUGAGACCUUGAAGAGGUAUGAGGAGAAUGACUUUGUCAUUAAGUUCCUUCAAGGUCUGAAUCUUGUCUACCAAUCAGCAAGGACACAGGUCCUGAUGAUGCCCAAUCUGCCACACAUUGGCAUAGUCUUUAAGCAGAUCUUGCAGCUGGAACGCCUAUUAAAGGUGAUGAAUAGAAGUCCUAGUGUUGAAACCCUUGAUCUUGCAGCAAGUGCAUCACGUGGUAAUCAGUAUAAGGGAAGGGGUCAACAACAACAGGAUGGGAAGAAGAUAUAUUCCUAUUGCAAGAAAGAGAGGCAUCUGAUCAAAAAUUGUUUCAAGUUGAAAACCAAAAAGGCAAGGGAAGCUACAUAAGGUGCUUUUGCUGGUUCAUUUGAAAGCUCACUCACUAUGGAGAACGCUUCUGGUUCUUUAGACGGUAAGGGACAGUCAGGAAUGGAGAACAUUUUUACCCUAGAUCAAAUGGAAAAGCUUAAACUGCUGUUGUUUAAGUCACCAUCACCAUCACCAUCACCUCCCAACUCCCCUUCAGUCCACACUGCCAAUGCAGUGACCAGAGCUGUGUCUACAGAGAGACCACCUAUUACUUCUCCUUACCUUCCUUCAAGUUCAGGUACUACUGUUCUUUUCAUUUUGAUUGCUACUUCUGGAGAACCCUUAUGGGUAUUAGAUACUGGAGCUACAAAUCACAUCAUCUGUAGUCCUAAGUAUUAUAGCAAGUACAUAACAGUAGAAGAUGAAUAUGUUACUUUACCAACUGGAGAGCAGGUGAAGGCCACACACAUAGGCAUUGUUCAGCUUCCUGGUGGCUUGUGUCUUUCAAAAGUCCUCUUUGUUCCUAUGUUUAGUUACAAUCUAGUCUCUGUCAGUAAAUUAACCAAACAAAACCCUAUCUCACUUACCUUUCAAUCCACUUACUGUGUCAUUCAGGACCUUAUCACACAGAAGAGGAUUGGUUUAGCCCAAGUGGAUAGAGGACUCUACCUUUUCACCAAGACACCAAGUCCAACCUCCCCUGUCCAGUGUCUUGCAGCCACCACUUACAACUUCCAGUCUCAACCUUUUGAUCUUUGGCAUGCCAGAUUAGGUCACCCCCAUGUUUCUAGAAUUCAAGCUAUUAGCAAACAGUCUCCUGAUGUAAUAGCUUCUAAACAUGUUCAUUGUGACGUAUGUCACUUAGCCAAACAGAAAAGGCUUUCAUUUCCUUCUAGCAAUUCUGUCAAUCCUGUUCUUUUUGGUCUUAUCCAUGUUGACAUUUGGGGUCCAUUGAAUACAAUUUCCUACAAGGGUUUUAGCUACUUUCUAACUGUUGUUGAUGAUCAUUCUCGAUGUGUGUGGACCUUCCUUAUGAAACAUAAUGAUGAAGCUCGACCUUUACUUCAAUCUUUCUGCUCUAUAGUUAAAAACCAGUUUGGAAAAUCUAUUCAGAUAAUCAGAACUGACCAAGGUCUGGAAUUUCAUAUGAAUGACUUCUAUCAAGCUAAUGGGAUCAUUCAUCAGAUGAGUGUAGUAUACACCCCUCAGCAGAAUGGGAGGGUUGAAAGGAAGCAUCAACACCUCCUGAAUGUGGCAAGGGCUUUGAAAUUCCAGUCUGGCUUACCUCUUUUAUACUGGAGUAACUUUAUUCUACAUGCAACAUACCUGAUUAAUAGGACACCUACUCCUAUUCUUCAAAACCAAACUCCUUUUGAGGUUUUACAUCAACUACCUCCAGAUUAUGCCAAUCUGAGAGUCUUUGGUUGUUUGGCUUAUCCAGCCGCAUCAGGCCAGCCUAGAACUAAAUUUGACCCUAGAGC